AUCCUGUGCAUUUGUGAAUUAUGAGACUGUUUUAGCUCCACAGAACCAGAAGGUUCGGUUCCGGUCACAGAGCUGAGUGAUUGUUCUUGCAGUUCUACCUCUGACCGGAAGAGGCAGCACACACCACCAGAACCCCUCUCCCCCCCCAGAAGAAGUCCCGAACCCGACCGUCAUGGCCGAACUGAACCGACAGCUCCAGGAGUAUCUGACCCAGUCCAAAAGCAGCGGAACCAAGUCCAGCUCCAGCACCUUGGUGGAAGUAGGCGAACCGGAAGCGGUACCUGGCAGCUGGUUCGGCCGGUGGUCCAGUCCGUGGUCCGGGCAGAACUCCGGCGGCGGCUCCGGCUCCUCCUGGCCCUGGUCGGCCGACCCGGACCCGUGCCUGCCCGGAGUGACCCGGAAGCAGCGCCUGCUGGGGUUCGGGCUCUGCGCGGCCAUGUCGGCUCUGUGCUUCGGGCUGUCGGCCCUCUACGCCCCGCUGCUGCUCCUCUACGCCCGGAAGUUCGCGCUGCUCUGGACGCUGGGCUCGCUUUUCGCCGUGGCGGCGGUGGCGGCGCUGCGGGGGCCCAGCCGGCUGCUGGCCGGCCUGCACCGCUCCCCCGGGGCCGCGGCCUACCUGGCCGCCCUGGCCGGAACGCUCUACGCCGCCCUGGGCCUCCACAGCACCGUGCUGACGGCCCUGGGAGCCGGCCUGCAGGUGGCGCUCAUCCUGGGCUACUUGCUGGCGCUGCUGCCCGGGGGCAGCGCUGGGAUCCGGGUUCUGGGCGGCUGGACUUUCUCCGUCCUCAAGAGGACCGUGAGCAGCAGAACCCUGUCGAUCUGAGCGGAACCGAACCCAGAGGCGGAUCGAGACUUUCCUCUGCAGGACUAAACCCUGGGCGCUGACUGCCAGGAGGAUCUGGACUUCCGAGGACCAAAGUACAAAAACUGACCCAAAAACUGUGAUGGGGGGCCGGGGGGUGGUUCUGGUUCUGAGUUGUUGUAGCUUUGUUAAUAAAACAGGUUCUACCAGCA